AUGGCCCCGGCAGCGCCAUCGUGCGACCCGCGGCUGCUGCACCAGCGGGCGCGCAAGAAGCGCAACUCGCAGGCGUGGCGCCAAAAGCAACUCAUGACCAAGGAGUCGCUCCGCGCUGAGAUCACCGACCUCGAGCGCCACAUUGCCGGCCUCCACAUCGUGCUCGCCUCGUGCCCGCAUCGCGCGCACAUCGUCGAGGUCUCCCGCAAGUAUACGAACCUCAUGGCCGAGAAGGCGUACCUCGAGCGCGAGAAUGCAAUGCUGCACAUGGCCGUCGAGCGCCGGGACCUCUUUGUGCGAGCGGUUCAGCCCGCGAUUCCGCGCUUUAACGUGGCCGACACGCGGCUCCAAGACAACAUGUUCCUCCUCGACCACGUUCAGCGCGUCUUGCGCGAAGUCACGACGACGAUCCCGGCCGCGCUCGCCCACGGGCCGCCCAUGACGGCGGUCGUGGAUGGCUGGCGCGCGCUCUUUGUCGAGCAAGGGCUGCAACUGACCUUCAAGCUCGAGCGCACGGUCGGCUUGCUCCACCUCGACGACGUCCAGCGCAUGAGCGAGUACCACUGGGCGCAGCGCAACCACAAGGAAACGUACUUGUUCAUCAACACGAACGCCGCCGACUUUACCGUCAUUCGGCAGCCGCAGCGGGACCUGAGUGUCGUCGAGUGCGUCCUCAAGACGCCGAGCGUGGUGCGCGUCAUGAUUCAGUUUCAAGUGUACUUGACCAACGGCUUUGACUAUUGCAUGAUCAACCUCUCGCCCGACCUGGAGCGCGUCACGACCUUUAUGAUGAUUUCGGUGCGCGUCAUCGACGGCCAAGUGGUCACGACGGCGAGCGGCCGCGGCACAGCGGUGAUCGAGCUACCGCACCCGUGCCUCAUGAACCUCCUCGUGUCUCAACUCGCGCAGUGGGAAAAUGCGCUUCGCUCGCAUUACGGCCACCCCGCGACGACAGACCUCUGAAUCUGUACAGCAUCUGUGUAGGCCACCGAGCUCGUCAAGUACAUGUAUGCUACACGUAUGUAGCACAGUCCUUAGCCAUAAACAACAUUGACGUGUCAUGUGUCA